AUGGAUGUGACUUUUACAAACAAUGAUAACAGUAAUCACAAGCAUUUGGAUAUAAUAGCCAAAAAAGUGAAUAAGACCAUCGAGGAGCUAAAUGAUGUUUACAGUGAGAUCGGAUACACCACAACCGAAAUAUCGAUAAAAAAGUCAGAGAUAUUCAGCAUUAUAGAAGACACUAUCCACAAUUGUACCAAUUCUCUAAAACGAGAGAAAGCUAGCAUCGAAAAUGAGUGUGAAUGGCUAAGACAACAAAUUAAAAUAAUUCUUGCAAUGAUGGAUGACGCCAAGGGUACCAAAUGCCUUUCAAAGUUGAAUAAAGGGAUUGUGUUCAAUGAUACAGAUCUUUUUGAGGAAGGAUUCAAGGAAGAAAUAACGAAGAAACUAACGAAUUUGAAAAGCAAGAGAGAGAACUUUUAUGAAGACUCACCAUUCAAUAUCACGAACAAUAGCAGUAACAUAAUGGAGGAAAUUUCGUUUGAAAAAAAGUAUGAGGGAAUGCUUGAAUCUUCACCAAAGUUAUCAUUAAUGAAACUCAAAAGAGAAUUGAACGCCGUUUUUCUUGAUGUACUAAAACAUUUUAUGAAAACAUUUAAGAAAUUUAACUCCUGCAAUUUAAUGUAUCUUGAUUUGAUUGAAACGAUAGGAAAUAUUGACUCACAAGAGAUAAAUUAUGAUUACCUCAAGACCCUUCCUGCUAGGGAAGAUGCUGAAAAUCAUAAAGAACUCAUAGAGCUGUUUGAGUCUACGAUAAGGCAUUUAAAACUUUCAGAUAUGAAGACUGCUUCGUUUUCCAGUUUCGUUGACAACUCACAUGAAGAUAUGGCAUUUGUGAUAUCUAGUCCUAGAAAACUCAAGGGAAAAGAUAUAGAGGCAGACGGAGAAGGAUAUGACCGGGUCAAAGAGGUCGGCGGUAGUACUGCUGAAUUUGUAUUUCACUUGAGAGAGAUAAACUAUAAAAUUGUCAAAAGCAUACGGACUUUGAAAAUGACGAAGAUUUCGGCAGAGCUUAUAACAGAUUUGAACAAGCAAAUAAAUUACUGUGAAGUUAAUGUGGAAGAGAGAAAGACGAAAAUGACGGUAAUUAUAUCCAAAAUUCUCGAUUUGGUGGAAGAGUUAGAAUACAGUGAAGAUCAACUAAUAAACUUACAGAAGCAGUUCAACGAACGGGAGAAAGAAAAGAGUGACGAAUCGAUUAAUGAAACCUUUAUCGAUAUCGAGACUCUCAAUUUUAUUCAAUCAAAUCCUGUUCAAUUUGGACUUAAUGACAGUCAUUUGGCUUUUAUUGCCAACUUCUUGGAAUUGUUGUCAAAAGUCAAAGAAACAAAGCAAAAGAAGUAUGAAUAUUAUUUAGGGCAUUGCUCAAGGCUAUGGGAAAAGUUAGGAGAGGAAGAACACUACAUUGAAGAUUUCGUCUUGCAAAAUAGAGGGUUGAGUGACAAAUCAAUGUACAACUUCAAAACCGAAUUGAACAGACUAUUAUCAAAAAGGUCUCAAUACAUUGAUAACUUCAUUUUCGACACAAGAAGCGAGAUAGAAGAGUAUUGGAGAAAGCUAUACUAUACAGAGACAGAAAUGCGGGUAUUCAAGUAUUUUGAUUACGAGUUGGACCCUAAUGAUAGCUACGACAAAGAAUCGAUUUUGAAAGACCACGAGAACGAGCUUAGUCAAUUGAAAAGAGAAUUUGAAUCUAAGUCAGAAAUAUUGCAAGAUUAUGAAGAACUCAAGCAGCUCAUUUUGGAUCAAGAUUUUCUAAUUGAAUCCUCAAAAGAUUCCUCACGACUACUAAGUAAGAACUCUUGCAAAAUUCUUCUUAACGAAGAACGGAUAAGAAAAAGAGUUUUGAAAAGCAUGCCUAGGUUAAUUGAAAACUUGAAGAAGAGUCUAACGAUAUACAACAAGAACCAAGUAUUAAAAGGUAGAAACCCAUUCACCAUUACAGGCGAGGACUUUUACAAAAGAGUUCUAGCAAUUGAAAAUGAAAAAUUGACUAAACGAAAAAAUAACUCACAUAAUAAGAAGUCAAUUGAGAUCCAUCAUUCCAAUAAUUCCCAUUCAGGUUCAAACUCAGUUUCCCCUUACAAAAGUCAGCGUAUCUCUCAAAUGCAACCAAAGAGAGUCUCUCCAUCUCGUCCUUUGAGCGUCUCCACGUCUAGACAUUCUCCAAUUACUUCCAUGAAUCCCAUUAGAAAACCUGCGAUUAAGCUUACCAGGAAUAAUGGUCACCCUAGUACUUCCCGGACAAAUAGAAUUAUUAACGCAAUGAGUACUAGCAUUAAUGGAACCAACCCAGGAGUUUCGGGCUUUCCGUCAAAUCAAAUCAGCCACAUAAGCAACUCAAGCCAGUCAAGUAACCAAGUCAGCCCGUAUGGCAUUGAUAAACAUGUUAACACUAGCAAUACUUUGUUGAAGUCUUUUAGAACCCUGCUACAGCCUUUGAACUCACCAUUGACAGCAGAUUCUAAAAGUGGAAUCAAGAAUAGUCCUUCAUUCUCGACAAUGUCACCCCUUAGAGUGAACUUUUCCUCAAUUGAAGAAAAUAACAAGGAGAAUACAGAUGUAACUGUCAAACGGAAGAAAGAAGACUUAACUUUGAAUAUUACUCCUAUGAAAAGCGGUAGGCUCGUAAAAUGGGAUAAGAACACCUCUACUCCUGCAAGUGAGAGUAGGAGCUUAGGGGAUAACUCCAGCAAUCUUGGAGAAGACUACCUUCAAUGGAGAUUAGAGAAACUAAGUCAAUUGAACAAUGCAUGAAUAAAAUUUGUAUAGUAGGUUAUAGUCAAGGUUUAUAAUAAUAAAUUUCGGACGCAAGCAA